AUGGAAAAUUGGACGGAGGUGUCCGAAUUCAUUCUCCUAGGCUUAACAAAUGACCACACACAGCAACAGGUUCUCUUCACAGUUUUUCUACUGCUGUACCAGACUUGCUUGUUUGGAAAUGGAGCCAUCUUAGUAGUUACCUUUGUUGGACCACGAUUACACACCCCCAUGUAUUUUUUCCUAGGGCAUCUGUCAUUUUUGGAUAUAUGUUGUUCUACAGUAAUUGUGCCAAAAAUGUUGACUGGGUUCAUAACAGAGCAACAAACUAUUUCCUUUGUUGGCUGCCUCACUCAGCUGCAUUUCUUUCACUUCCUGGGCAGCAGUGAGGGCAUGCUUUUGGCUGUCAUGGCAUUUGACCGUUAUGUAGCCAUAUGUAAUCCUUUGCGUUAUACCAUUAUCAUGAAUAAAUUGACUUGUGUUAUGCUAGUUGGGGCCACCUGGGCCAUUGGUUUCUUUCAUGCCCUGAUGCAUACAGUGGUGACCUCCCAGGCAUGGUUUUGUGGUCCUAAUCUUAUCCAGCACUUUUUUUGUGACAUCAAACCUCUCCUCAUGUUGGCUUGCAGCAGCACAGUCCUAAACCUCACACUUCUUAAUGUUGUCACUAGUGGUAUUGCUCUGACCUCUUUUUUCCUUACUCUCUUGUCCUAUCUUUACAUUGUCACAUUCCUCUUUUUCAAAACCGGGUUGUGGCAGAACCGUUGGAAAGCUUUCUCCACCUGUGCUUCCCACCUGACAGUUGUGGCUCUUUUGUACAUCCCUGUUAUUUUUAAUUAUAUUCUUAGCUCUGCUGCUGAAUCUGCUGAAAGGGAGAUGAGCAUGACUCUGCUGUAUAGUGUCUGCACUCCAGUUUUAAAUCCUUUGAUUUACACUUUGAGAAAUCAAGAGGUCAAAUCUGCUCUAAGAAAAAUCCUAUGCAGAAAAUCUCCUUCUAGAGGAACAUAA